AUGCUGCUGCUCCACCUCGCGGCACUCAUCCCAUUUGUGCUCGGCGCGCCAACCAGGCGUGCCCCUGUCACUGAUGGUGCGGCCGUCGGCCAGACAUACGACUACGUGAUUGCUGGCGGCGGUCUUGCGGGUGUUGUCCUCGCCGCACGGUUGUCCGAGGACACGAACAAGACCGUGCUGCUCAUCGAGGCGGGACUCGACCAGUCGAACAACGACCUUGUGACCCGCGCCGACAAGUACCAGCAGGGGUUCAACACGCCCAUUGACUGGGCAUACGAGACGGUCACGCAGUCAAGCGCCAACGGCCAGUCGCAAGUUAUGCGGUCGGGUAAGGCGCUCGGUGGAAGUACAGUGAUCAACGGGAUGGCAUGGAGCAAGCCGCACGAUUUCCAGCUCGACGCACUGGAGACUGUCGGGAAUCCCGGCCUCAACUGGGCCUCACUGCAAACGUACAUGCUCCGCGUGGAGAACUUUCACACACCAGACCCGUCGCAAGGCGUCACGUACACUCCGGCAUGUCGCAGUACUGGUGGUGCGAUUGACACGAGUAUCGAUGGCACUCCUGCCCAGUUUGAGGCAGAUUUCACUGCUGCCGUACAGGGACUCGGCUUGCCCUUUGUUCAAGACCUUACCUGUGGUGAUCCAGCUGGCUUGGGACCCAUGUCCCACAACUCGUUCAACAACAUCCGCUCAGACGCGUAUCGCGGCUACCUCCUCGGCUCGACCAAGCCGAACCUGACCAUCCUCACUGGUGCGACUGUUGGGAGAGUAGUUCUUUCCACAGACACUACCCCCCGAGCCACCGGGGUUGAGUUCCGUGACGCCUCGGGAUCGGGGUACACUGUCAAUGCGGGCCUUGAAGUCAUCAUGGCGACAGGAUCACUGCGCACCCCCGUCAUCCUUCAACACUCGGGGAUUGGACCAGCGUCGUUCCUCUCCUCUGCUGGCGUGCAGCAGCGCGUCGACUUGCCGAUCGGCCAAAACCUUAUUGACCAAGUAACGACGACGACCAACUGGAAUAUCAACGCGGCAGGUGGUGGUGGUCAACCCAUCACAUUCCCGCGUUUCGUCGACCUCUUCCAGGGCGCCGACGCCCAACGCGUCACCACUUUACUAGAGAAUAACCUGGGCGCGUGGGCGCAAGACGCUGUCGACGCUGGGGUGGCCGGUAACGCUGCAGGUCUACAGGCCGUCUUUGAGAUUCAGCGUGACUGGAUCUUGAACCGCAGCGCCGGCAUCACCGAGAACUACGACUAUUCAUACGACACGACAUUGGGGUGGGACUCGUGGUUCCUCCUUCCGUUUGGACGUGGGAGUGUGCGUAUUGCGGACGCAGACGCUUUCGGCAGUUUCAGCAUCGACCCGCGGUACUUUGUCAACGAGUUCGACGCCCUUGCUUCCGGUGCCAGUGCGCGGUUCACGCGCACGGCUUCGAAUGCUUCCCCUCUGGCCGGACAUGUCACGGGCGAACGUGACCCCGGAAGUGGGACUGGCGAUAGCCUCGACGACUGGGUCGCCUGGGCAAAGGACAAUUACCGUUCCAACUGGCACCCGAUCGGUACGGUCGCCAUGAUGAGCCAGGAGCUUGGAGGAUGCGUUGAUCCCCACCACCGCGUGUACGGCGUCCAGGGACUGCGUGUGGUCGACGGCUCGAAUCUGCCAUUCCAGGUGUCGAGCCAUCUCAUGACCGUGCUUUUCGGGCUUGCUGAGCGCGCGGCCCAACUCAUCGCCGAGGACAAUGCUGGUGCUAACGGGACGUAG